AUGUUCCAUCAAGCAACUAUCAAUAUGGGCUCCGCUUCAACGUCGACGCUUCCCCCCGACUUCCUAUGGGGAUUCGCAACAGCGAGUUACCAGAUUGAAGGAGCCGUAGAUGAGGACGGACGAGGUCCAUCCAUCUGGGAUACAUUCUGCAAGAUCCCUGGCAAAAUCGCCGGAGGAGCCAACGGCGAUGUGGCUUGCGACUCGUACCAUCGCACACACGAGGAUAUCGCCUUGCUCAAGGCUUGCGGUGCCAAGGCAUACCGCUUCUCACUCUCUUGGUCCCGCAUUAUUCCACUCGGUGGCCGAAACGACCCCAUCAAUGAGAAAGGCUUGCAAUAUUAUGUAACACUCGUCGACGACCUGCAUGCUGCUGGUAUCACUCCUCUCGUUACUUUAUUUCACUGGGAUCUUCCCGAUGAGCUCGACAAACGCUACGGCGGUCUCCUCAACAAGGAAGAGUUCGUCGCAGACUUUGCCCACUACGCUCGCAUAGUUUUCAAGACGUUCGGCUCGAAAGUUAAGCAUUGGAUCACGUUCAACGAGCCAUGGUGUAGCAGUGUCCUUGGAUAUAACGUUGGUCAGUUUGCUCCAGGAAGAACAAGUAACCGGGCCAAGAGCCCCGUUGGUGAUAGUUCGCGGGAGUGUUGGAUCGUGGGCCACAGUCUUCUUGUAGCCCAUGGGGCAGCAGUGAAGAUCUACCGAGAUGAGUUCAAGGCCAGCGAUGGCGGGGAGAUUGGCAUCACGCUUAACGGCGAUUGGGCCGAACCUUGGGACCCCGAGAACCCGGCAGACGUUGAAGCUUGUGAUAGGAAGAUCGAGUUCGCAAUUUCCUGGUUCGCAGACCCCAUCUAUCACGGGAAGUAUCCGGACAGCAUGGUGAAACAGUUGGGUGACCGACUGCCGAAGUGGACACCAGAGGACAUUGCGCUCGUCCACGGUAGUAACGAUUUCUAUGGCAUGAACCAUUACUGCGCCAACUUCAUCAGAGCCAAGACCGGCGAAGCAGAUCCCAAUGACACCGCAGGCAACCUGGAGAUCCUGUUGCAAAAUAAGAAGGGUGAAUGGGUCGGGCCCGAGACGCAGUCUCCCUGGCUGCGACCCUCCGCGAUUGGGUUCCGGAAGCUGUUGAAAUGGCUCAGUGAGCGAUACAAUCACCCCAAGAUCUACGUGACAGAGAACGGCACCAGUCUGAAGGGGGAAAAUGACUUGCCACUGGAACAGCUACUCCAGGACGACUUCCGGACGCAGUAUUUCCGGGAUUACAUUGGCGCUAUGGCGGAUGCCUACACCCUAGACGGAGUCAAUGUCAGGGCCUACAUGGCAUGGAGUUUGAUGGAUAACUUCGAAUGGGCCGAGGGCUAUGAGACACGAUUCGGAGUGACUUACGUCGACUACGAGAACAACCAGAAGAGAAUCCCCAAACAAAGCGCCAGAGCAAUUGGGGAAAUCUUCGACGAACACAUUGAGAAAGCUUAG